AUGUUCGCAAUAACUGCUAUCGAUAAAAUGACGAACCAAACGAUGAAAGCCGCGCAAUGGGACCCCCAGCAGCAAAAGGUGGUGGUCAAGCAGAUCCCGAUCCCCUCGCCAGCACCGCACCAGAUCCUCGUCAAACUCGCCUCCGCAUCUCUCUGCCACUCAGACAUCCUAGCAAUCAACCAACCAAACAUGACCGAGCCUUUCACCCUCGGCCAUGAAGGCGCAGGCUACGUCUCCAAGCUCGGUGCCAACUGCACGGACAAGGGGUUCCUGGAAGGCGACCCGGUCGGCUUUCUCUAUAUCAACGGCUGCUGCUUCGAGUGCGAGGGCUGCAUGGUGCACAACAACCACUGCACCAACGGGAAGCCCGUCGUCUCUGGAUUUGGAGGGGUCACGGACUUUGGAUGCUUCCAGGAGUACGCGGCUGUCGACUGGCAGAAUGUCAUUCGGCUCCCUGCGCAGCUUGAUCCCAAGCGCAGCUCGGCUAUCUUCUGCGCUGGGAUUACCUCAUUCCACGCCGUGGAUUCGUGCGACUUAAAGCCAGGGCAGUGGUUCGCUGCCAUUGGCGCCGGAGGCCUCGGACAGCUGGCCGUGCAGUACGCGAAGGCGAUGGGGUUCCAGGUCAUUGCGAUCGAUAUCAACGACGGCGCACUUGAAACGUGCAGGGAACAAGGUGCCGAUGUGAUCUUCAACUCUCUGUCUCAAACGGACUUUGCCACAGAAAUAAAGAAAAUUACCAAUGGCGGAGUCCAUGCGACCGCAGUAUUCAGCGGCGCUGCAGCUGCCUAUAAGAGCGCGCCGUCGAUCAUUCGGCCAGGGGGUGUGCUGAUGGUCAUUGGCAUCAGCUCCAGCCCGCUUGAGCUGUCGACAUUUGACUUGGCCAUUGGUACAUAUGUUGUCAAGGCUGAGAGCACGAGUAUCCCGCAGCGCAUGGGCAAAGCGGUCGACUUUACUGCGAAACAUGGCAUAACGCCGGAGAUUGAAGUGCGAUCUGGGCUGGAGGAUGUGGACGCGAUGAUCCGCGAGAUGCAGGCAGGGACGUCGAGUAAGAGGAUGGCCGUUGUCUUUGAAUAG